CGGACACCCCCAGUGUCACCGGUUCCGCCUCCCACAGGGCAAGUGCCCUGGAGGAGGCAGAAUGGACGUUUUGGAGGAGCAGGAGGAAGAGGAGCAAAGAGAUGAAGAGCUGAAGGAGACGAAUGAUGAGCUUCAGGACGUGGAGGAAAAGGUGUCUGAGGAGCAAGUGUGUGUCCCAGCUGAUGUCCCUGGUUUUGACUGGAGCUCCAUUGACACGUCCCAGUUACCAUCCUCGUACAAGAUGAAUUCCCUGAAGGAAGAGAAGCUGCUGAACAUUGCUGACUGUUUUCUCCAGCAGUACACUCACCUCUGCCCUGACCGCAAGCCACUCUUUCUGCACCCAGUCAAUGAGUGCGGCGCGGAGAAGUUUGUGAGCACAACAGUGAGGCCGACCCUGCUGCCUUAUGCAGAGCUGUACCACUGGGAUGGCUGUGCCAGCUUUGUCUCUGAUUACCUCACCAUGGAGCCCCUCAAGUCACCUCUCACACCGCCCAGUUCGCUCUAUUCCCCAACCACCAUCCUGAAAUACCAGAGAGGGAACUGCUUUGACUUCAGUGUGCUGCUGUGCUCCAUGCUGAUCGGGGCUGGGUACGAUGCCUACUGUGUGCAUGGCUAUGCCACCCGUGAGAUGUGCACCCUGGAUGAGACUCUGGAGCUGUGCCCACUGCUCAGGAAGCCACCAGAGGUACCAGAAGUUGAGAUAAAGAAGUCCAACAAGUACAGAAUUAAGCCCCGACCAGUCUUGCAGAGCAUGUUUGAGCUUCAGCAGGAGGCUAAGAAGAAGGCAGAAACUGAAGCUGCUCAAAACAAGGAAGGAGAAGAGGAAAAGGGAGUGGAAAAGCACAAGCGUGACCCUUUGCACGGCUUGUGGGUGCAUGCGUGGGUUUUGGUUCUGUCAGGGAAGAGAGAGGUUCCUGAGACCUUCUUCAUCAACCCCUUCACGGGUAACAGCCACAGCACCAUGGAUGAGCAGUUCCUUGGCAUUGAGAGUGUUUGGAACCACAAAAACUACUGGAUCAACAUGCAGGACUGCAGGAAUGGCUGCAAGGAUCUCAUCUUUGACUUGAGUGACACUAUCCGCUGGGAAAUGAUGCUUUUGGGAAGCAGCAAGCCUCUUCAGCUCCCAGAAGCUGAGAAAGAAAAGGAGUUACCUGAGGCCAUGGAUGACAUGCAUAAGGAAGACGUGAGUUUUGACAUGCCACCCUCAUGGGUAGCCCCAAUUCAGAUAUCUCCCAGAGAGUUUGAGACCCACUGUUCCCAGGGGAGUAAGGUGAUCCUGUACAAACAAGCAAAACUGGAGAAAUGGGCACCAUACCUGAAUGAAAAUGGGCUGGUGAAACGCCUCACCAUCUAUGAAGACUUUAACUAUACUGAAGCAGUGGAGAUAAGGGAGUGGUUCAAAAACCGAGAAGACCUGUUGGAUAUGAGACAGGUGAAUAUACAAACACAGGUGACCACAGACUUCUUCAGCCCAGGACGCCUCCUCAAUCUUAAAGCUCACACCUAUAAGUCACUGGAACCCAGGACUGAACGUACAAUGGAGUUUUACCGUGUGGCACGAGUCGAUGGCCUCCAGAACGUGUUUGAGAAUGCUACUGAGAUGAUCGAGUACUUUGUGGGGAGGGAAGACUUCCUGCAUGUCCGGCACACAGAGUUUGGCAAAAACAAAAGAAAAUACAGUUUGGCUGGCACCACAACUGACAACUUCCGGCCUAUAGUGCAAAUCAAGGAAUAUUUCCACAGAAACCUAGAAAAGCCUGCUGAUGAAGAUGUAGCAGAACGUACCUUUCUGAUCACAGAAGACGUGAUCAGUCUGACAUAUCACCUCAAGGAUAAGUAUAUUACUGCCUCAAAGAAGGAUUUCUUUAAAGUAGCAGAGGAUGAUAGGAGAGGAGAUGAAGCCAUCAUGACUCCAGAAAUGUGCAUCACAUACCAGGCUGGAUCCUCUGAGAAAGACAAGAAGCUGAUUCCUUUGUACAAGUUGUUGCAGGAGCUAACAAUUGAAGAGAAGAGGCUGAAGCAACAAGUCCAGCAGGUCUGAAGCAGAGGUAACAGGGAGGUGUUAAAUAUUUUGGAGAUUCGUGAGAAUGAAGAAAGCAACAUUAAAUUGUCAGUUUCAAUUUUUAACACUGAGAGGAAUGAAAUGAGAAGACAACAAUAUGGAGCCACGGAGAAAGGGACAGAGGAUGAGCUCCCAGGACAAAAGGAACAGGAUGUAGAUUACCUGGCACCUUUUCUUAUUCGACUUGGCAACAGGGAGCAGUUGACCAAGGGGCAGGCUCUCCAUGUCAGAGAUGACUGCCUGAUGGAUUUUAAGCAUCGUCUGGUUAAAAGAGUUACCACCAUCCAGGCUCGCUUUGAAAAGGCAGUGGAAGAGCUGCAGAAGAGGAAGCAGUGGUUUCAGGACAACAGGAAUCAGCUCAGCACAAAGGAGGAGGAUGAUUUCCUUGCUUGUUACUCUGAAGCCAUGUUCCACAUCCAUAUUCUAAAGCUGAGGCUCAGCAGGGAAAAGCAGACAGCACCCCAGAAAUACCUCGCUCUUGAGGAGAAGCUGCGCAAAGAUCCCCGCCUAACAGAGCACCUCAGCCAUGCCUGAUUACUUUGUUCCUUC